AUGCCCAAGGCAAAAACACCGAAGGCAAAAUCACUUAAAGCGGUUCCCAAUGACGAGAUCCCCGCGAUCUUUUACCCCCCCAGGAAGAAGACCUCGAGCCCACCAAGCGACUCCCUCGUAAGCCAGUUAACUGCCAUCCGAGCUAUUCCGGUCGACGUAAAGACGAGCUCCAGCUCGAUCAAGGACCAGGUCGGCACUGCGAAGAAAGACGAAGUCAAAGAAGAUCUCCUUCAAAUCCGGUCUGGUCCGAGAUCACCGGGAUCGUUAGCUGCACGUGGCGAGAUACGCGGAGGUGGAUCAUAG